AUGAGGGCGCCGCCGCUCUCCCUCCUUCCUCUCCUGGUCGCCGCCGCCUUCCUGUCCCCGUCCCCCUCGAUCGCCACAGACAAGCUCGACCAGACCGCGUCCAUCGCCGGCAACCAGACGCUCGAGUCGGCCGGCGGGGUGUUCAGGCUCGGCUUCUUCGUCCCGCCCGGCAGCUCCGACGGCAGGGCCUACCUCGGCAUCUGGUACGCCACCAUCCCGGAGCAGACGGUCGUGUGGGUCGCCAAUCGCCUGAACCCGGUCGUCAGACCUCCCGGCGUCCUCACUCUCUCCGCCGACGGCCGGCUUGUGAUCCUCGACGGCCGUAACGCCACCGUGUGGUCAUCCGACGACGCGGCCGGCUCGGGCGGCGUAGCCACCCGCGCCACCGCGCAGCUGCUCGACAACGGCGACCUGGUCGUGAGCCACGGCGGGGAGAGUCAAAGUGGAUCGACGGCUCGGACCAGCGUGGCGUGGGAGAGCUUCGACUACCCGACGGACACGCUGCUCCCCGGCAUGAAGCUCGGGGUGGACGGCACGAGCGGCAUCUCCAGGAACAUCACGUCGUGGCGCAGCGCGGCCGACCCCUCGCCGGGGGCCUACACGUUCAAGCUCGUCAGCGGUGGGCUGCCAGAGUUCUUCCUCUUCCGGGGCAUGUCCAAGACGUACGCCAGCGGGCCGUGGAACGGCGCGGAGCUCACCGGCGUGCCCAACCUCAAGUCCAGGGACUUCAUCGUCCAGGUCAUAUCCAACCCCGACGAGACCUACUACACCUACUACGUCAGCGACCCGUCGGUGCUGUCGCGCUUCGUGCUGAACGGCACGACGGGGCAGGUGCAGCGCUUCUCGUGGCACCUCGGCGGCGGCUGGAGCAGCUUCUGGCACUUCCCGCUCGACCCGUGCGACAGCUACGCCAGGUGCGGGGCGUUCGGGUACUGCGACGUCGGCCAGUCCCCGCUGUGCAGCUGCCUGCCGGGGUUCCGGCCGCGGUCGCCGCAGCGGUGGAGCGUCGGGGACGGCUCCGACGGCUGUGUCAGGACGACCAACCUGAGCUGCGGGGCUGGAGACGGGUUCUGGACAGUGAGCCGUAUGAAGCUACCGGAGGCGACCAGCGCGACGGUGCACGCCGGCCUGACGCUGGACCGGUGCAGGCAGCUUUGCCUCGGCAACUGCAGCUGCAGGGCGUACGCGGCGGCGGACAUCAGCGGGGGCAUCAACCGCGGGUGCGUCAUUUGGGCCGUGGAUCUGAUCGACAUGCGGCAGUACUCGGAGGUCGUGCAGGACGUGUACAUCCGACUCGCGCAGUCCGAGGUUGAUGCCUUGACCGCUGCAGCUAACCGCCGGAGUCAUGUCGUGGUUGUGAUCGCCGUCAUGGCGAGUAUCUCCGGCGUGCUUCUUCUGGGUGCCUUUGCCUUUGGCUGUCUCUGUUUCUGGAGAAACAGGGCGGCGCCGGCCGGCAGUCGGGACAACGAGCUUCCAUUGCAGGCCAUAAAACUUAAACGCCCACGGGACGAUCAGCGGUUCUCCAACGAGAACAAGAUGAGCGGCGAAGAAGAUGAUCUUGACCUCCGGCUGUUCGAUCUAGCAGUGAUUCUGGCCGCCACGGACAACUUCGCCGCCGACAGUAAGAUUGGACAAGGUGGAUUUGGCCCUGUCUAUCUGGGAAGGCUUGAGGAUGGGCAGGAAGUGGCUGUGAAGAGGCUGUCAAGGAAAUCAGCACAGGGGGUGGAGGAAUUCAAGAACGAGGUGAAGCUCAUAGCCAAGCUCCAGCACAGGAACCUGGUGAGGCUGCUCGGCUGCUGCACCGACGGCGACGAGAGGAUGCUCGUCUACGAGUUCAUGCACAACAACAGCCUCGACACCUUCAUAUUUGGUGAUGAAGAAAAGCGCAAGUUACUAAGAUGGAAAACACGCUUCGAGAUCAUCGCAGGAAUCGCACGGGGGCUGCUCUAUCUCCACGAGGAUUCAAGGCUCCGGAUCAUCCACAGGGAUAUGAAGGCAAGCAACGUGCUGUUGGACAAAAACAUGAUCCCCUAA